UUGAAGCCUGAAAAUGCUCACUUAUUCUACAAGGAAGAAGUUGAGGAACUUUUGAAAACAGCACGAGAGAAGGACGAUGAAGUGGGUAUCACUUCAGAAACGAUGACGGAAGAGGAGAAAGCUGCUCGUCUUAGGAUGUUUGCGAGGGCCCAAAGAAAAAACUUGAGGAAGAAGGUCGAACGUUAUUUGCGAUCACUGAAACCUUCGAAGAAACCAGAAACCCGUGAUGGGCUAUUCUCGGAUGAGUUUGGUGGAUUGCGAAAUCAGUUGCUCAUUUUCAAAAAUGCUUUGGAAGAGAAGAUUCGUGAGACCGGCCUCAUCCAAGGAGCGGAAGUGAAGGUACAGUUGGUUUCUCCGUUUGGAAGCUUUACUUCUGGCGGUGGUGGCCUUGGAGAUUCAGAAGAUAUGCGUCUCAGUGCUGUGCUCAAGGCAUUCCUUUCGGAGCAGACUGGUGUUAGCGAUGAGGAAAAUCGCUAUGAUCGCUUGGCACGAGGCUACACGUACGGCGCAGAUGAGGAAGCACGAGAACGGGUGCGACAAAAUGCUAACGAUGAGGAUGACUGGAAAUCAAGCAUAUUGCCUAUUGUAAAGCGAGUCAUGCUCUAG